AUGGCACACAACCACACCAACCAUGGCAGGACCAACGAACGAACAACCCUCCUCGACAACACCACCACCACCAAACCCCCAAACCACUCACCCACAACCCGUCUCAAGACCCAUUUCACCUCCCCCGUCUCCCCCAACAAAGGCUACCUCGCCCUCCUCUUCUGCUACACCAUCACCGGCCUCCUCGACAGCAGCAGCGUCGCCACCUGGGGCUCCUUCGUCUCCAUGCAGACCGGCAACAGCAUCUAUCUCGGCUCCGGCCUCGUCGCGCCCCGCGAAUCCGACCGCUGGCUGCGCGCCCUCCUCUCCAUCUGCGCCUUCUGUCUCGGCGCCUUCGCCUUCGGCAGAUUCCACCGUGCCUGCGGCGGCCGCACCCGCUGGGUCAUCGUCGCCUCCUACCUCGCCCAGUUCCUCUUCGUCCUCGCCGCCGCCCUCGUCAUCCAGUACGACCCCCAAGAUUCGGAUCCGAAACUCCGCGCUCUGGAUCUCUGGACCGCGCUGCCGUUGGUCUUCCUCGCUUUCCAGGCCGCGGGGCAGGCGGUCAUCUCGAGGGUCUUGGGUUAUGGCGGGCUGACGAGCGUCGUGCUGACUUCGAUCUACUGUGAUUUGUUUUCGGAUGAGAAACUCCUGCUUUGGGCCGAGGCGGAUCCGCUGCGCAAUCAACGCGCUGCGGCGAUUGUGCUUUUACUUCUCGGGGCCAUGAUAGGUGGUCUGUGGGCUCAGAGUCCGAUUGGAUUACAGGGAGCGUUAUGGACGGCAGUCGGGUUCAAGGCCGUUCUGGUUGUGACCUGGUGUUUCUGGGCGUCGGACAAAGAAGAGGAUGAUGAGACGACAGAUUGA